ACCCCCGAGCAUCUGCCAUAACGCUGUAACCUGCCUGCAUGGGUGUCUUUUAUACAUAACGCUGUAAAAUAGUUUUGUGAAAUGAUGGUAGAAUAGCGAGUCAUAACGAGUGCAUAUCUUUAUUUCUUCACUAGUGAUAGCGAUGGAUUUGAUAUCAUUUUUUUUAUUCUAUUAAUCAGAGAAUGAUAAUGAAGUCGCUGAUGAUGAUGAAGUUAUCGUUGAUAGUGACACUGGUUGUGACAUCCAACGCGUCUGAAUCGCGUGAUAUGACAAGUUCAACUCUACCCACGCCCACCGGUCACCCUUAUUCGAUCACACCCAUACCAUCCUCCACGCCCAUACCCAAACCCAUAACCACGCCCACUCAUUCACCCACACCCGCUUCCACGCCCAUAUCUCCUCCUACGCCCAUACCCACACCCAUAACCACGCCCACCCAUACACCCACACCCGCUUCCACGCCCCUAUCUCCUCCUACGCCCACGCCCUUCACGAUAUCCGAAGUUUACAACGUCUCUUUGAUCUUCACUCGGAAAUACCUCGCCCACACGUCACUCCGACCGGCGAACAUGACUCUCAAACAACUUCAAGAACAUUUAAGAACAUUCUUCAAGCGCCUCGAUGUCAUGUCGCUCGCCACCGCCCUCGUCGGGAAGAAUGUGGGCGUGGUCACGACUGUAGAACACGCCCAUGCUCUGUACAAUCUUCUCGACUUGUUCAGCGCCCUCGCCCUGGUCAGGCGGGCGUACUUAGAGGAGGUGAUGUCACGCUUCCUGGACGAGGCGCAACGUCACCCCAGUAUUCCCGGACGUCAAAUGAACCCACUGGCUUUCCUCAUCCAGGGAUUUCGACGUCACAGGUUCAAGCUCGAGAGGGAGUUGGAAGCGUUUUAUAGGGAGAUGCUGGUACCAACCCCUGCCAACAUGUACUUCAUUGCCAACUUCCAACCCAAAGGACAGCCAUCUCUGGAAGCUGUCAUGAAAAAUCUGGAUGUUGAUUCGCCGUUUAUGGAAAUGAACAACAGCUGGUACAUUCUCCGCCCAGCUGACCAGCCUGCACUCCAGCUGGCGGUUAGACAAGAAAACCAUCUUUGGGUGCUCUGCCUUACUAAUUCGACAAGGGAGCCAGCUGGUGUUGUCGAGGAGGAGGCAACGAGAGAGCGAAUUAUCGAACCAUCUGCACGGUUAUUGGGUGAUUCACCUGUUCACCUGUCUGUUAAACCCCCUGGCCCAGGAGAGCACGAACCACCUGGCCGAUGGUUGGAUAAUUCGCCUGUUCACCCAUCUGCAAAAGCACCUGGGACAUCCCCUAGAUCACCUGGAUAUUACCGAAAUGAUGAGGCCGUUAGACGCGAGCCAUCUGUCGGCGAGAUAAAGCGACCAUCUGUCAUCGUUAAAUCUUCAAGAUCCUCCAGUUUCUCGUAA